ACUUCACCCUUUCCAGCGCGUGCGUGCGCAUGCGCGGACCGCGGCGCGCGCGGCAGCUGGGCCGUUGGCUGUUCGGCCCUGGGAUCCGCCGCGUCUCCGCGAGCAGUCGGCUCCGAGCCGCGAGCCGCCGUGAGCACUCGGGUUCGAGCCGGCGCCAACGAGCCCGGGGGCAUCGCCCACAGCGGCCAAGCUCAUGGCCGGCUGAGCGGGACGCCGCCUCCGCCUCAGCCGCCGCCGCCGCCGCCGCCUCCUCCUCCUCAGCCGGCGGCGGCCCGGGCCCAGCAGCCAUGGCCGAAGACUACUGGGACGGGCGCCUGCGGCGAACAGGAGGAGGAGGUCGCGCGGCCUCAGCCCGGGCCGCUGCCCCAGGCGCCGCCACGCCGGCCCCGCGGCUCUGAGGUUGCUCGCGCGCCCCCGCCGGUCAUGGAUCGGAUGAAGAAGAUCAAACGGCAGCUGUCAAUGACACUCCGAGGUGGCCGAGGCAUAGACAAGACCAAUGGUGCCCCUGAGCAGAUAGGCCUGGAUAAGAGUGGUGGUGGUGGUGGCAGUGACCCUGGAGAGGUCCCCACACGUGUUGCCCCUGGGGAACCUCGCUCUGGACGAGGCCCACUCAGCUCUGCAUCAGAGAUUGUGCACGAGGACUUGAAGAUGGGGUCUGAUGGGGAGAGUGACCAGGCUUCGGCCACAUCCUCGGAUGAGGUGCAGUCUCCAGUGAGGGUGCGCAUGCGCAACCAUCCCCCACGCAAGAUCUCCACCGAGGACAUCAACAAGCGCCUAUCACUACCAGCUGACAUCCGGUUACCUGAGGGCUACCUUGAGAAGCUGACUCUCAAUAGCCCCAUCUUUGACAAGCCCCUCAGCCGCCGCCUCCGUCGUGUCAGCCUGUCUGAGAUUGGCUUUGGGAAACUGGAGACCUACAUCAAGCUGGACAAGCUGGGUGAGGGUACCUAUGCCACAGUCUACAAAGGCAAAAGCAAGCUCACAGACAACCUUGUAGCACUCAAGGAGAUCAGACUGGAACACGAAGAGGGCGCACCCUGCACCGCCAUCCGGGAAGUGUCUCUGCUCAAGGACCUCAAACAUGCCAACAUCGUUACGCUGCAUGACAUUAUCCACACAGAGAAGUCCCUCACCCUUGUCUUUGAGUACCUGGACAAGGACUUGAAGCAGUACCUGGAUGACUGUGGGAAUGUCAUCAACAUGCAAAAUGUGAAACUGUUCCUGUUCCAGCUGCUCCGUGGCCUGGCCUACUGCCACCGGCAGAAGGUGCUACACCGAGACCUCAAGCCCCAGAACCUGCUUAUCAACGAGAGGGGAGAGCUCAAGCUGGCUGACUUCGGCUUGGCACGGGCCAAGUCAAUCCCGACAAAGACAUACUCCAAUGAGGUGGUGACACUGUGGUACCGGCCACCUGACAUCCUGCUUGGGUCCACAGACUACUCCACCCAGAUUGACAUGUGGGGUGUGGGCUGCAUCUUCUAUGAGAUGGCUACAGGCCGGCCGCUCUUCCCAGGCUCCACAGUGGAGGAACAGCUGCACUUCAUCUUCCGCAUCUUAGGAACCCCAACUGAGGACACAUGGCCAGGCAUCCUGUCCAAUGAGGAGUUUAAGACAUACAACUACCCCAAGUACCGAGCCGAGUCCCUUUUGAGCCACGCAUCCCGACUUGAUAGCGACGGGGCUGACCUCCUCACCAAGCUGCUGCAGUUUGAGGGUCGAAAUCGGAUCUCUGCAGAGGAUGCCAUGAAACAUCCAUUCUUCUUUAGUCUGGGGGAGCGGAUCCACAAACUUCCUGACACUACUUCCAUAUUUGCACUAAAGGAGAUUCAGCUACAAAAGGAGGCCAACCUUCGGUCUUCGUCGAUGCCUGACUCAGUAGUUGCCGGCGGACAGCAUGGCCGUGCCAGCCUCCCACACUGAGGCCAGGCCUACCCCUCCUCGUCAUACCUUACCCAGGACCACUACCCCACGGCCAGCCAGGGUUCCGGAGCUAGCCCAGGCUGGGGAUCUCAACUCAGACAAGAUGGUGGUGAUGCCUUGGGUCUGAGGCAUCCCCUGUGCCUGCUUUCCUGCCUGCCCCAACUGCCUCAUGUUGUGUGAGCCUUUUUGUUUAUUUGUUUGUUUCAUUCAUUGUUGGUUUUUUUUUAAUUAUUUUAAAUGAGGUUUUCAUUUUUUUAAAUGCAAUAUCUCUGUAUACAGACUGGCUGGGCCCCACCCCCUGCGUGUGGCCCUCCCACAGUAUUUUGUGCAAUGAAGCCCCGCUCCCAGCCUUUCAGAGGCAGGGACACAGCCCCUAUUUGGAACCCUGACCAUCACCAGACCCUGGGAUCGGCUAUGGGAAAGCAUGCCACAGCCACUCGCCUUCCUACCCCCGCCUGCCAUCCCCAGCUGCAGGGGGAUCUGGGGACUACCGGAGACUCUGGGAAAUGGACAAGGUGGGGGGCCCCACUCUUUCCCUCCUGCAGUCCCGUAGCCAGGGCCUCCUCCUUCUCAGGGUCUCCCCAGCCCAGCCCUCUUGCUCCCAUCCCACUCGGUGCUGUUGAGUAGGGGCCCUGCUAGGAACUGACCAACUCAGUGAGGAGCCAUAGUGUGUCUAUGUACACAAGCAGGGUCAGAGGGGUAUGUGAGGGGUUGUGCCCAGGUGAUGCCCCCUAACCCCUAGAGAGGGUGACACAGGGCAGGGACAGUCUCUGGGGUCAGUUCCUGGAUGGGUGGUUACCUCCCCUUCCUCCACCCUAAGCCCUGGGGCCCUGAAAUGGGGUGGGAGGGCAGGGGUGGGAGCCCUCCUAAUGGGGUUUGGGGAGUUGGGUUCCUGAAUGCACCAUAAUCGCUGUAUGAAAUAUUAAAAAGUCUAAAGUGAAAA